UUUAUCUUCCACUUCCUAUCCCUUCCAGUUUAUCACUAUCCUUGUUAUUUGUUCUUAAAACAAAGUAAGAUCAACAUGGAUUCUAGGACAUUGACAAAGCUUCCUCGAAAUAUGCUCUACUGUGGAUUGGUAGCAUCGCUGACAUCUUUUUCAAUCGGAUACGUGAUCGGCUCACCCAACAUUCCAGAGAACUCCAUUCGAGGCAAAGAUGGUAGCUGUGGACCUAAUCCUUACACAAUCCAAGCUGGUUUCCCUAAUUGUCUAGAGUUUUCUGAUCUCAUAUGGGGAUUCGCAGUGGGCUCGUUCUGUAUAGGAGCCUGCAUAGGAGGAUUUGUCGGUGGGGAUAUACAGAAUCGUGUCGGACGAAUCAGAUCGUUGAUGAUCACCAACUUUGUUCUCAUUCUCGGCUCCCUUAUCCUCAGCUUAACCUAUCAUCAGAUCCAAUUUAUUGUCGGACGUAUCGUCGUUGGUUUGGCUUGUGGAUUGGGCAGUGUAGUCACCCCUACUUAUUUGGGUGAGAUCUCGACCACGUCUGGCAGAGGCUUCUUGGGUGCUCUUUAUCAACUCUUUAUUCUCAUUGGAUUGGUUCUUUCCAAUUUUAUUGGUCUAGCGUGGGCUUCACCCCCAGGUUGGCGCAUCGUCUUUGCUGUGAACGCAAUCCCUGCUCUCCUUCAAGCUUUUGUCCUUUUCACCUUGGUUGAAAGCCCUAGGUACCUGGUCUCGAAACAGCGCCUUGAGGAAGCCCAUCUAUCCCUUCAGAAACUUCGAGGUCCUGUUGAGGAAGUCGAUGUGAGUCAAGAGUUGGAUGAUAUGGUGCUCUUACUUCUAGGGAUUCAAAGCAAACAAGGACAACAACAGCAACAGCAACAGCAACAGCAACAGCAACAGCAACGACGUGAAGAGGGAAAUGGAGAAAAAGACAAAGCAACCUCCUUAAAAGAUACAGGCUCAUCAGAGAAAAUUCACCAUUCCUUAACGAUUACAGAGAGCGAAUCCAGUAUUUUACAUCUCUCAAAACCAACGACUCAAGAGUCGUAUGGAAUCUUUCAGCUCCUCCGAUCCGAGUGUCGUGGUUUAGCCCUGAUAGGCGUUACAAUUCAUUUCCUUCAACAAGCAUCAGGCAUCAACGGCCUAGUGUAUUACUCGACUUCAUUCCUUGCUAAUGUCUUUGGAUCAGAAAAUUCAAAAUAUAUCACCAUUGGCAUUUCCUGCUGUAGUUUACUAGUCUGUAUCUUGUCAGUCUAUCUAGUCGAUCGAUUCCCCCGCAAGUCUCUCAUGCUCACUUCCUUCAUCGGUCUCAGUCUGUCUGCGAUCCUUGUUAUUAUCAGCACAUACUUUGAUCUGAGUUAUCUUAUUGUCGUGGCCGUCUUUAUGUAUUUUAUCGCCUUCAAUAUGGCUUUAGGCCCUAUCCCCUGGUUAUUAGUGUCAGAGAUGCUACCAACGUAUGCGUUAUCACCUGCGUCCAGUAUAGCUACAGGGGUGAACUGGGGGACCAACUUUAUCGUCGGAUUAGUCUUUCCAUCCAUGACAAGAGUGUUGGGCAAUGGAACAUUCUUUGUCUUUGGUGCCUUUAAUAUCUUUGGUAUUUUUUAUGUUUGGUAUAUUGUUCCAGAGACGAAAGGUCGCUCAGUCGAAAUGGUCAUGGCAGAAAAGGGUGUUGCACCACGUGUACCAAAAUCUCCUUGGAAGGAUACCUAG